CAUCUGCUCAGAUCGACCUUUUUUUUCCCACCCCCUUCGAAAUCAUAGGACACUCACACGAGGAGUGGGAGGAGGCGAUAGGAGAAGCUUGCAGGGAUUCAGUCUGAUAGAUUCAACAGAAGUUGGAUGCUGGAGGAGUAAGACAAACAAAACAAAAUCCCUGAUGCACUUUUGGGAAGAUGUUUGGAGUUUUAUAAGAACAUAGGACAACAUCGGACCAGAGUUUGGACUGACAGAAGAUGAAGUUUGGAAGUAGCUUUUGCACCCUGAACGUUGCCGGUCGCCGAUUUCCCUUCACGGUGGAACUGAUGAAGCACCUCCCACUGAGCAGACUCAGCCGUCUGUAUCGCUGCGUGUCAGAGAGCGAGUUGCUAGAGCUGUGCGAUGACUACGACCGUGACAGAAACGAGUUUUUUUUCGACCGCCACUCCGAGGCCUUCAGCUUCAUCAUGCUGUAUCUGCAGCAUGGCAAGUUACGUUUUGUCCCACACAUGUGUGAACUAUCCUUCUAUAAUGAGAUGCUCUACUGGGGCCUGGAGAGUGCUGACCUGCAACUUUGCUGCCAGCGGCGGCUGGAUGAACGUCUCUCUGACUGCUUUGUGCACUUUUUCCCUGAAGAGGAACCGCAAGGCCCAGAGGAACCGUCCGAUCAUUGGUUGGAGAGGAUGAGGCGGACAUUUGAGGAACCCACAUCCUCAGUGGCGGCGCAAAUCCUGGCCUCUGUGUCUGUGCUGUUUGUUCUUAUUUCUAUGGUGAUGAUGUGUGCCAGCACCUUACCAGAGUGGAAGAACGCGGAGACACUGGAUGAACACAGGAUCAUCGAGGCGGUGUGCAUUGGUUGGUUCACCGCCGAGUGCAUCGUCCGCUUCAUCGUGUCUCGAGACAAAUGCGAGUUUGUGCGUCGUCCUCUGAACAUCAUUGACCUGCUGGCCAUCACUCCGUAUUAUAUUUCCAUUACCGCCACGGUCCUGACGGGAGAGAAUUCUCAGCUUCAGCGAGCCGGCGUGACACUACGGGUGUUGCGCAUCAUGAGAAUCUUCUGGGUGAUCAAGCUGGCUCGUCACUUCCUGGGCCUACAAACUCUCGGCCUGACGCUGAGACGAUGCUAUCGUGAAAUGGUUAUGCUUCUGGUGUUCAUUUUUGUCGCCAUGGCCAUCUUCAGUGCGCUGGCUCAGCUUUUAGAAGGAGGUAACCAGGACUAUACUAGCAUCCCUGCUGCCAGCUGGUGGGUCAUUAUCUCCAUGACUACAGUCGGCUACGGGGACAUGUACCCGGUGACUAUGGCCGGUCGCGUACUGGGCGGGUUCUGCGUGGUGAGUGGAAUAGUCCUUCUAGCCCUGCCCAUCACUUUUAUUUACCAUAGUUUUGUGCAGUGCUACCAUGAACUGAAGAUCCGUUCGGCACGCUGCAUCCGCAGUUCAUCGACUGAUUUUAUUGAUUGAAAGACACGAUAGAGCGAGGAAUAUCCAGAGGAUUUUAGAAGUCAAAGACUAUGGACAUUUUCGUCAACUGCCAUGUCUGUGAUCAUUUUCAGUCCCUCACAGGUUAAUAAAUGUGGUAGGAUUACAAUAAGGGCCGGCGAACAUUUGUUUUGAACUGCAACUUCAGAGGCAAAAAACGUUACGUAACGGUUAUCAAAGUUCCGAAAAAUGGGCGUCAUCAAAUGAAUGUAAUUGUUGCUCUUUACUAUUUCAGGCAUCAAAUUGUAAAGCUAUGCAUGCAGAUGGACAGUACUCAAAAUAUGCUAUUGCAAGUGCAAGCAGUUGUACUGUUUCUAGUUUUUGUUUAUGAUAUUUUAUUAGAUUGUAGUUCCAGCUAUAUACAGUCAUUUUUAGGAGGUCAUCUUUUCCGCAUUUUAAAAACCUUGUGUCAAAAUGUUUUUACAGCAAUUAGCAAAGAAAGGAGCAUUGCUAAUUUGUUAUACGUGGAGUUUAAAGACCUCUUUAUGGAAUUUAAUGAUGCUACUCUUGGUAGCCUAAGUAGUCAGUAGUUUAGCCUCACUUAUUCAAUGUCCUUGGUAUGCCUCUUAAGUUUGUACUAAAAGGCUAAAAAUGCAACUAGUAGAGAAACAUUUGACUAGUAAGACUUUGGCAAUUCACAUUGCAGCACAUUGCUGUUGUAUAACAAAUCAUAAAUCUGCCACAGUCUUUGAACUGCCUUGCAUCACUCUGCACAAAUUUAAAAAAAAGGCGACACAACAGAGGAGAAGAACAUCUUGCUCACUCGCUCAGGUACCAAAAUAUGCUCACCUCGUUUGCUCCUCACUGAAUCCGAUUCCGACUCGUUUCAUAAUCUCUCCGAAUAACGUACAAAAACUUCACUCACUGUUUCUUGUGCUGUUUCUUGUGCUGUUUCUUAUUCCGGCCCCAUAAAUACAUUUGGAGGGAAUUAUGAAAUUGCUGCAUUUUAGAUUGAGUCAGCGGCGAUUCAACACAGAAGUCUCUGGAGCAUCAGGAGUUAAGCAGAUGAGUCUGCAACUGAAUAUGGUGGACAGUUUGGGUAGUAUAGACAGUUGCCAUGGAGACAGGAGACCCAGAGAGAGGAAAUUGAAGCGGUGGAGAUGUCAGGCUCCUCGAGCUGCUAGAGUGUGAAUGUCGUAUCUCACUCAUCCUUCAAAAAAAAAAAAAGGAUCGCGGGGUUUAAAUCAAAUUCCAGCUACGCAGUUUAAGUUUCAAUAAAAGUUCUCGUAAUUUGAUAAAUUUCUUGAUAUAUUGGAUUCAAGACAGUUUUCAGCAAGAAUACAUUUUGUGUUCACCUUUUACGUGUUGUCUUGUUAAUCUAAUCUGCCCAAGGCCUUCAGAAUCAUUAGUGCUGGUUGAUGUAAUUUCUAUAAAUUAAAUAAGCAACAUGACUUUCUUGAUCCAAUCAGAUUUCAUAUUUGUCCUCACAGUGUGCCCAGUCCUCUGAUUCGUUUAUUAUUAAUGUUAUUAUUACAGUAAUUAUUUAAGUCCAAAGAAACAAGCAGUGCCUCUUUCUGGGAAAGUAAACUUCAUCAGUAGACACACCGAUUGUAAUCCGACUCGCCAGAUGGUCCGCUUCCCAAAUAGCCAUCAGGGAAAAUAACUGAGACUGUUUUCUGAAAGGGGGCUUUCUUUGAAACUGGGAUGGUGAUCACAGGAAAAUAUUUUGUCUGAGACAUCUAUAGGACGUUGACUAAAGCUGAACAGAUUGCUGGUGGAACUAUUAGAUCCAAUAUUUUAUAUUCAUUCUAGGAGGAGAAUUAUCAGCAUUAUUAUUAUUAUUACUAUUGGGACAAGUGUGACAUGGACAUCUUGGAGCAGCUUGUUCUUCAAAAUGACUUUUAAAUUCUUUGUAUGCAAA